UGGAGGACGGAAGCGAGACAGUGCCGCAGAGAAUCAGACACAUAGAAACUGUGUUAGCGGCCCAGUUACCCCAGAGUGCUCUAACAAUGGGUCCUUCGCCUCGAUGCGUGUUAUCUAGGUUGUGGAGAACCCAUGUCGCGUUUCUGGUGGCGUUGAGAUAGUCCAGAUAAGAUGCACAGGACCAAGCCGCAUUUCGAGCAGUACCAAGCCGCAACUAAGGUAUGAUAACCUUUACGAGCGGGAUCCCGAGCUGGCUAUAAAGGCCUGCAUCCCUCCGCAUGGGUGUCGUAAGAAGACCUUGAGAGAAUCCAACACUCACCUUCAUAUCCCUUUUCCUUCUACUUGGACCUCUGGUCCUGGAUUCCAUCGUCAUGGGUCAUCAAGAUGAGCCUAAGACCGACAUUUCCCAAACCGUAAGCCGCCCCGAGGCUGAACUGGGUGACGUUUCCAACUACAAGGUCCAAGAAGCUCUCGACCCUGGCUCUCUCCACACCCAUCGUGGUCUUCGACCUCGUCAUGUCCAACUUGCCGCUAUUGCAGGUGGAAUCGGUGUUGGUCUCUUCGUUGGAAUCGGCAAAGUCCUGGUCAACGCCGGUCCUCUCUCUCUGCUCCUUGGCUACCUGAUAUACGGAAUUGGCUUCAUCUGGCCGUGCAACUUGUGCACUGCCGAGAUGGUGACAUGGCUACCCAUUCGCGGCAGUGUGUUCGGUUUGGCCUCGCGAUAUGUUGAUCCAGCGCUUGGGUUCGCCCUUGGAUGGACGUACUUCUACGCUGGAGCGAUGUUCGUGUGUACCGAGGUCAGCGCUGUAGCAACAGUGGUGCAAUUCUGGGACGUCAAUGUUUCGCCAGCUGUUUGGGUGGCAAUGGUCCUCAUUCUUUGCACGUUCUUCAACCUCGUAGCUGUCAAAUGGUACGGCGAGUCCGAAUUCGUCAUGUCGAUCACGAAAGUCUUGCUCCUCGUUGGCCUUGUCCUCUUCACCUUUAUCACAAUGGUCGGCGGUAACCCCAAGCACGAUGCAUACGGAUUCCGCGCAUGGACGGGCGGAAACGCAAUGCAUCCGUAUUAUGCCGAUGGCGCUACUGGACGAUUGCUUGGUAUUGCGAUCUCAAUUCGAUUCGCCGUCUUCACACUCGCUGGACCCGAUUUCAUCAGUUUAUCUGCUGGAGAGAUACAGAACCCUCGACGUACGAUUCCGCGCCUCGCUCAGCUCAUCUUCUACCGCUUGGUCGGUUUCUACAUCAUCGGCAGUUUCGCUGUUGGUAUCAUCUGCUCGUCGCGCGAUUCCAAUCUCAUCCUUGCUAUCAAAGGAGGCAAACCUGGUGCUGCCGCUUCCCCUUGGGUUAUCGGGAUCCGUAACACUGGUGUCACCGGUGGUCUCCCUGGUCUUAUCAACACCCUGAUCUUGGUCUCCGCCAUCUCAUGCGGUAAUGCAUUCGUGUACCAGACCAGUCGGACGCUGUACUCGUUGGCCCAGGAAGGACAGGCGCCAAAAAUAUUUCUGACAUGCUCCAAGAGCGGAAUUCCCUACUACUGCGUCCUAGCUGUCACAUCAAUUGGAUGCAUUACGUUCCUAGUCGCAGACAACUCCGCGAUAACGGUGUUUGGAUGGUUCGUUGACCUGGCGACUUCCGGUCUUAUCGUCAACUUCGUUGCAUUCUUCUGGGUUUAUCUUGGCUGGUACCGCGCCCUAAAAGCCCAGAAAUUCGAUCGCAAGAACCUGCCGUACUACUGCAACUUUGCCCCGUACACCGCUUGGUUUGGACUGAUCUUCGGUUGCCUCAUUAUCCUGUUCCUGGGCUUUGAUUCGUUCGCACCGUUCUCGAUCCAGUCAUUCAUCACGACGUAUUUUGGCAUCGCGUGGGCCGCCUUCAUGUUCACUUUAUGGAAGAUUGUCAAGAAGACAAAGUUUGCCGAUCCAGCGACCGUAGACAUCUACCAUGGAAAGGCGGAAGUCGAUGCUGAAUGCGCUAUUUGGGAGAAUGGAGGGUUGGAGGAGAAUGAGAAACAGCGUCUGUCCGAAAUGAGCGUGGUGCGGAGAACUUGGGAGAAAAUCUGGUAGAUUUGUUGGGGAAGCUACCUUACCCAGUAACACUGUAAUAUCCAUACCGA